AUGUCCAAAUCAAAAUUUAAGGCAAUGUUGAUCGUUUUUUUUGACAUUAACGGUAUCGUGAUGACUGAAUGGGUUCCAGAGGGUCAGACUGUCAACCAGAUUUACUAUUUAUCAGUUUUGGCAACACUGCGAGAAAGAGUUCGUAAGAAGCGGCCCGAGUUGUGGAAGAACAACUCGUGGAUUUUGCACCAGGACAACGUACCUGCCCAUAACGCGCUAUAUGUGAAGCAGUAUUUGGCCGGUAAGCGCACUCCAGUGCUCGAACACGCGCCGUACUCGCCAGAUUUGGCACCGUGCGACUUUUUUUUGUUUCCAAAGAUAAAAUCUGCUUUGAAAGGGACCCGAUUUGAGUCGAUGGAAGCGGUUAAGCAAAAAACGGCAGAGCUCCUAAAGGCCCUCACUAAAGAAGACUUCCAGCACUGCUUUGAUCAAUGGAAAAAACGUAUAGAAAAGUGUAUGGCGAGGGGAGGGGAGUAUAUUGAAGGGGAGCAUUUGAAUGUAGAAUAAUUUUUAUUAUAAAACACUUUUUCGCAAUCAGUCCCGUUAUUUAAUAGCCACAUCUCGUAAAUAGCAUAUCCUUACGAUGAGUAGAUAUCGCUUUAAAGUAUAUGUUAUUUGACAAAAAAAAUAUGGAAUUGAAUGUAUAUGUUUAAUUUUCGUUCCUGUUAUUAAUUGUUUGAUUUAUCUCUUACAUUACAUAAUAUUUUAUUUGACAUUAUGUAUGAUAGCUUAAAUAGCAUAUCAUUACAGUUUUUAAAAUCGAUUUUGUGUAAUAUAAUAUAAUAUCAUCUAUCUUUACAGUAGACGUAUCAAAAAAGAUAAAUUAUAUAUUUAUUUAAUUUAAUAUGAAUUACACGUGCAUUUUACAUCGACAUUGAAUAUAUAUUUUACGUAGAGUUUCUUAUCUCAUUUAAAUAAAAAUAAAUCAAUGUAUUUGAGAUAAAAAUGUAUAUCCUAUAAUAGUAAAUAAUGGAAUUGAUUUAAUAUUUAGGUAUUUCUAUUGAUCGUAAUAAAAACCUACGUGUAAUAUAUUACUAUAAACCUCUUCAUGUUUCGACUAUUUUCCAAUUAAGUUGAUUUCGACCGGUAUUCAAUUUGUAUGAAUGGAAAUCUCAUUUGGCUUACCUUUUUUGAUUUUAAAACAUCUUAUGUUCCAUCCAGCCAAUAUUUACUGAAGAUUUUAGAUUCUGGGUUUAGCGAAGAAUGUAUUGGUCUUACAAAGAUGUUUAUUACUUUUUUUUUAUGUUAACACUUUUUAUAUGAAAAACGAUUCGAAGCAAAGUUAAGUUUUGUAUGAUUUGAAAGGCUGACGGUCGUAAUAUUUAGGAUUUUCGUCAAAGUUUGAUGUUAAAACUCUUAACACUUAACUUUUUUUUUGAUCACUUAAUACAAGUAUAAUUUUUGAUAAACUUCUUAUUAAAUUGUCAAGAAUUUCUGUUUGUUUAUACAAUUUUAUUCAUAGAUUAUCAAAUACCGACUACCUACCAAUUAAAAAUUAUGUAAAAACUCGCAAAAUAAAAAUGUAUUUUAAGCUUUAAAACUUGUGUUAGUUAUUACAACUUUUUCUAACAUUUAUUUUGGCAAAUUGUAAAUAUUAUGAAUAGAUUAAUUGAAAUAAAUUCCUGUAUUAUAUGGUAAUUAUUGUUUUAGUUUUUAUUAUUCAAUUUAUUGAUAUUAGGUACUUCAUUUUUAAUAAAGUUUAAUUAUGAAUUGCAUCCAAACAUUGUUAUCUAAUACUUCGAUUUUGAUUCUACUCCCAUUUACUUUGAGAAAACUUGCAUCUUAACAAUAAUAACUAUUACCUACACUAUGAUUUAUCAUCUUUAACUUAAACAGUACCUAUUGCAUCGUGGUGUGUGACUAUUUUAUUUGUUGGUGUCAUAAUAUACUGUUGAUUGUAAAUAAUAUAAUAUUUGUAAAUGUUUUGCAUACGUGAAAUGUUUUAAGUUUGUCAAUGCCGUGUAGUCAAAGUUUGUAGUUUGUAAAUGCUGUUAUUGUUAAAUUGUUAUCAAUUUUUAAUUUAAUUUUUGUUUUGUUAUUUUUUUUUUAACUUUAAAACUUGUAUUUGAAAUGUCGAUUUUUUAGUACUUUAAAAAACUUUUUUAAAGGAAAUUCGAUAAAAGUACGGGGACUCUUUGCUUUAUUGCCAGACGAGACGGUCAUACUUUUAUUAAGUUUAGUUGAUGUAGACAUGUUUUUAAAUUGUAGACUUGUUUGCAAAAGAUCAAGAGCGCUAAGUGACACGUAUAUUUUUCAAGACAAAGCAUCACAAGAAAACGAAUUUGUAAAUAACGGUAAAGGGUAUUACAGUUUCUCUAAAAUUGAUUCAGAUAUCGUUCGAAGAUUAGAUUUUCCAUGA